GGUGAAGAAGAAGAAGAAGAAUCACACAAAACAAUUGAAAUGUUGAAGAAAAAAAGAGAAUUUCAAACCAGCACAGACGACAUGUUUUUUUUCCACUGGAGGAGGCGUGUGUUUUGUCCUCACCCCCUUCUUUGUGACACGGUCGUUAGUCUCAAUGGAGAACGGGAUGUUCAAGCUCUGCGUGCUCUUAGUUGCUCUUUUUAGAGCCCAUGGUAGUGUGCUCUUCGCCAGCCUGGGCGAAAACGUGAGCCUCCCCUGCUUCUUCGCCCCCGGCGCCAAAUUUCUGUCUUGGUACAAGCAGGUUGCGGGCGACACCCCCCAAAUAGUGACCUCUUUCUACAGCUACGUGGAAAUCUCCCACAGGACCCAGAUAACGGCUGAUGUCAGCAAGCGAAUGGCGGUUGACUCCGGGGAAAACUUCUUGCAUCUGCACAUUUCCAAUGUGCGGCUCUCGGACACGGCCAUGUACUACUGUGGGCAGAGCGUCCUCAACGUCAUGAUCUUCGACCGUGGAAUCUUUCUGCUUGUGAGAGAAUCCGGCCGCCCGUCCGUUCUCCAGCGCCCGACGUCCAUCGCGGUGUCCCCGGGGGGCUCCGCCGCCCUGAACUGCACCACGCACCCCGGAAGCAGUGACGGGGGGCACGCCGUCUACUGGUUCCGGAAGGCCUCGGGAGACUCGCACUUGCUCCACGUGCACUCGGAGAACGGCAACGAGUGCGAGAAGACGACGGAGUCGGGUUGCGUUUACACGCUGUCCAGGCGAGCCGUCGCCCGCGCCGACGCCGGGACGUACUUCUGCGCCGUGGCCUCCUGCGGGGAGAUCGUGUUCGGAAAGGGGACGAGGCUGGAUAUCGGAGGUGAAAAGACACACACCUACAUCGUGUUGACGCAUUGUCUGCUCGCAUCUCUGCUCGUGUCCAUCGUGUUCAACGUCUUCCUUACAUGUCUCCUUCGCAAAAAGGGCCGCAGAGACGACCUUCCCUUGGGCGAGCCAACGCCGCAGCCGAACGCUCCAGAGGACAAUGCGGACGACGAGAGCGAGGAUGCCGCCGCUUUGCCGUACGUGGCGCUGGACUUCAAAAAGAGACAGUCCAACAACCGGAGACAUCGGUGCCCGGAGGACAGCGUUUACGCUGGACUGCGGCUCCAACAUGAGGACUGAGCUGCUAUGUUCAACCCCGCUAAUUGUUAACAAAUCCCUAACUGCUUCGAACUGCAAAAUGUCAGUCCCAUUAAAAGAAAAUAAAAAACUCAAAUGUUUGAAAUGAAAUCAAUAAAAAAAUAAAAAAUAAAAUAUGAUCUUAGGCUGCUAACAGUUAAAGUAACGUAAAGACAGAAGGGUUUCUUUUGAAGAGGAUUUCAUGUAUUUUUAGGAAAUGUGUUUCAUUUUUAAAUAAACAGUGGUUAAUGUGUUACACAUUGAA